GACAUCAGAGAACGAAAAUCAGAUGAGUGAAGACUGGAGACACGAAAUAAGCUCCAUUCCGCCGUCACAGCGUCGCAAAACCUUGGCGAAAGCUAAGGUAGAGAACUCCACGUAAAUGCGUGCAACCUCACGUAUCGAUGGUAGCUUGUAACCUGUCAUGGCUCACUGGAACUGAGCGAGCGUUAGCCUUACUUGCUAAGUUAGCUAACAGUAAUACAGCGAAAGUCAUCGUUAGCCACAAGCUAAUGUAGAUGCCGGAAUGUAGAGUCAGCUGUAUCGGCGAGUGUCAGAAUAACUCGACAUAACAAGCAACCGACGUUUGUGUAUAGAUUGUUGGGGGUCCACAGUGCUGCCCCAUUCUUCCAUCUGAGCUGACCAAGCAGUGAAGGAGAUGGCAAGCAAAGCAGGAGACAGCCCUGACAGCCUCAUGACCCUAACUAUGGUCUUCUGCUUGAAGAACCUUAGAAAAACCAUGUGCUACCAAGGGUUGAGAAAUAAACUCUGUCUCCGAUCUGAUAUCUUCCUGCCCAGUGAAAUCUGUGACAAGCUCAUAAAAUUAUACAUGGACUUGGUCAACACAGACAGCACAUUUGAACCAGAGGAGGGUUUCUUUCAACUAUUCUCAGAUCCCAGAAGCACAAGACUUACAAGGGUCCAGUUGAAAGAAGAGUUUGUCCGGGACAGAGACCUUGAAAGUAUCAGAAAACAGGACCUGAUUGAACUCCACCUCACCUACUGCUACAGUUUGACAUCACGUAGCUUGAAAACCAUUGCUUGCUUCCGAGAGACAUUGGUCUCUCUUUGUCUCUUCGGUUGCAGUUUGAUCUUCUACAGAAAAGGCGGUGCUCCUCUUGCCUGCAACGAUGACAUGGGGGAUGAGGAGGAGGACAGCCCUGCGUCUCGGCAAGCAAUUGAGACAGACUUUAAUUUUGAGGGCUUUCACCGACUCAGGCUACUGAACCUGGGAAGCCUUCCUGAUGAAGUGGAUGCUGAAACACUUCUGAAACCGCUGAAAUCUAUCACCUCACUGGAUCUGUCCAAUGUUCAGUUGAUGGGAACCACUUUUCUAACCCAGUGGAAAGAAAGACUAGCAUCUCUUGUUCUCUACAACACAGACUUGUCAGAGGAGUUGGUAGAUACUCUGGUGGAGCUGGUCAAUCUCAGGCACCUUGACAUCUCACGGGAGAGCCGGCGAAAUUUUAAAUAUAAGAUGACAAGGAAAAUCCUGACAGCCAUCGUUCUGCGACUGACCAAUCUUGUAUCGUUGGACAUCUCAGGUCAUGUAAUGCAGGACAACUGCACAGUCCCACACUGCGAUGAAGCAAUGGGUCGUCCAAGCAUAGAGCCAUGCAAGAGUAGCAUUGCUCCUCUCCAGGAGCUGAAGAGGCCACUGCAGUUCUUGGGCUUGUACGACACGACCCUUUGCAAUGUAACACACAUCCCAGCUUAUAAGGUUACUGGAUCAAAGAAUGAAGAACAGGUCUUAAAUGCCAUCGAAGCCUACACAGAGUUCCGGCCUGAGCUGGCACACAAAGCCAUCAAUCAGCUAUUUGACAUUGCAAGGAUACAGCACUGCAACCAACUGCUUCGAGCUUUACAGCUUGUCAUUGCAGCACUUAAAUGCCAUAAAUAUGACAAAAGCAUCCAGGUGACAGGCAGUGCUGCACUGUACUAUCUGACCAACACAGAGUAUCGCAGUGAUCAGAGUGUACGGUUGCGUCGUGAAGUCAUUCAAGUGGUGUUGAAUGGAAUGGAGCAGUACCAAGAAGUCACAGUCCAAAGGAACUGCUGCCUGACUCUGUGUAACUUCAGUAUUCCAGAGGAGCUAGAAUUCCAGUACAUUCGAGUCAACCAACUGUUGCUCAAAAUCUUAGAGCCUGCACGGCAGGACGACUCCAUCCAGAGAAUUGCUGUCCAUCUCUGCAACGCUUUAGUCUGCCAGGUGGACAAUCAUCACAAGGAAGCUGUGGGAAAGAUGGGCUUUGUCAAGACAAUGCUGAAUUUAAUCCAGAAAAAGCUGCACGAUCAAACGUGUGAUCAAGUGAUGGAGUUUUCUUGGAGUGCUCUGUGGAAUAUCACUGAUGAGACACCUGACAACUGCCAAAUGUUUCUCAACUGUCGAGGCAUGAGUCUAUUUCUGGAGUGUUUGCAGAAGUUUCCAGAUAAGCAGGAGCUACAUCGAAACAUGCUGGGGCUUUUAGGAAAUGUAGCUGAGGUCAAAGUGCUGAGGCCACAACUACUGACUCCACAGUUCAUCACUGUUUUCAGUAACCUACUAGACAGUAAAGCAGAUGGAAUAGAGGUUUCGUACAACGCGUGUGGAGUUCUCUCUCACAUCAUGUUUGAUGGGCCUGAGGUUUGGUCCAUGGAGGAACCCAAAAGAGACACAGUGAUGGACAAAAUGUGGGAAGCCAUCCAGAGUUGGGAUGUCAGUUCACGACGCAACAUCAACUACAGGUCAUUUGAGCCCAUUCUCCGCCUGCUGCCCCAAGGCAUCUCCCCUGUCAGCCAGCACUGGGCCACAUGGGCUCUCUACAACCUGGUGUCAGUUUACCCGAGUAAAUACUGUCCACUGCUGAUAAAGGAAGGAGGACUCAGCCUUCUUGAGAAAGUUCUGGAACUGGAGAGUUCACACCAGGAUACCAAGGACAUGGCACAGAAAGUAAUGGAGCAGUGUGAAAACUUUAAGGAGGACCCUAUGGAGACAAGUAACGCACAGGAUGUGAACUUCGGACAAAGAGGUUGACCUCUCAAGUGACCAAAAUCUGUCACGGCAAGAUUAAGUUCUCACCUUAUCACGACUCCACCAGGGGUUCAUGUGUGAAUUCUACUUCCUCUGUGAGCUAUCACAAUUUAUUUGUAGAGCAGAGUUGUGUUUCAGGUUCUCUUCACACUCUUUUGACUAAAAAAAUAUUUUAAGAGAAGUGGAGGUGGUGCAUGGUGUUUUAUUUUGAGCGUUGGAAGGUGCUUAAUUUUGCUGCACAUGAGCAUCUCUACUAUUGGGAUUGGGGCGUGUAGAUCACUGUUGUCCCUCUGAGUUCGGGGGUAGGUCUCCGUGCUUCUACAUUGGUCAGAUUCUUUAAUAGGAACUGCGCAAAAACACGGACAUGAACUUUAUGAUGGCAGACAAAAUAAUUACAGCCGUGUGGUGCCAGGUAUCAUGCACUCAGGUGUUGGCUCUUUCGCGGUUGCUCACACUAAACAGUGUAUAGUGAAAUGUAGCCGCUGUAUGUGUAAGCUGCAGAGAAGCGUCACGCAUCUUCCAAAACACAUUGUUUUCUGUGUGUGUGUGUGUUUCAUAUGUAAAUAUACUUGUCUCAUAAUUUUAUUGUGUGAUUGUUUUAUAACUGUAAAAAUCUCAUGUUGAGGUGUCACAGGGGUUCGAUUCAGCAUUUGUUUAGAAUAUUAACUUCCCCCUUUCUUCUUUUUUUCAGCUUAAGGACAUGCUUUUUCAAAUUCGUAUAUAUAUACACACACACACACACACACACACACACACACACACACACACACACACACACUAAGCAGCGUCCCAUUUAUUCGAAAGUAGGUGUAGUUUUACUUGAGCUGGAUCACUCAACAUUUAGUUCAAUCUCAUCCAUUUUGAUCUACAUUUCUCAUACUCAACACACAUAUGGAUCUUAAUGUUGAUCAAAACAAUGCAGAUUGAAAAACAAUUUGUGUCCAAUUGAUAAGUAACUGGAUGGAUUUACGGUGUUUCAUUUAUUUAUCCAUUUAUAUUCUCACACAGUCACAUAGAGUUGCCUUUUUUGGGCAACCAUCCACGUACCAUAUCAAAGCACUUUGAAAGUGAGAAUACUGACUGUUGUCCCCAUUUUUAUUUUUUUUAUUUUUUGUUUUUUUUACUAAUCAACCCCCUCCUUUAUUAAGACCGUCGGGCAUAAUGCUGGUUGGCCUCUUAGAACUCUUCCUGAUAAGUUGUUCAUGCUGGUCUUCACUAGAAAGUUCUCCUCAAACAGUCCUCAAUAUUCACAAGAGUAGCAACAACAGGAGUGCACUGUCAAAAAUAACAGUGCGAUAUCAUAAAUCAAAUAUACAGUAGAAGAUGCUUUUUUCAGUUAUAGAAAAUGCAUUUGUAGUGUCAGUAAAAAACGGCAAUGUUGGUCAGUAGUUUCUAUCCAUCAUCUUGUCGCCACAAAUUUAUAUCUGGUGAAGAUGUUUCCUGUUGGUUGAGGCUUGUCAGCGAGCAACACCUUCUGUUGUGGAGUGAUGUUCUCAAGAAUUAAAAUUUAGCAGACAGACUUUUUGCGAUUACAUUGAAUCACUUUUUUAGUUAGACUGCUGCUCAACUAACAUCAAUAGUGUAACUAGUUAUUUUUUUGUUCAUCUUUCACCUGUCAUCUCUGAACAGAACCGUUGUUUUGUUGUUGUUUUUUUUUUUUUUAAUUGACAUUGAAUUCUAAGUGGAUGUCAAUACUCAUUAUUUUCCUCAACUAUUACACAUACUAGUUAGAGCUUAAAUUUCAGAGUAAAUAUAGUUUGGUUCUCAUGUUCCAUUGUAAAGGCUGUUCCCUCAAACGUGCCAACCAAUGCAGGGUAUGUAACUGUUUCAUACUAGCAUCAUUUGUAGACGCAAUUUUAUCAGGUGUCAUGCUUUACAUAAGUUGUCUGUCAGUAGAAUUUAUAAUAUAUUCAAACCUAUAUGGUAGAGCUUAUUGAGGGUGUUCAGUUUCUUUUGUGACAUAUAUCUCACUCAACUAGUAAGUUCCAAUCUAAUCUUCUUCCCUCUUUUUUAAGAACCCAGAUCCUUUAUUUAUUGUGUGUUGUCAAAGUGUGAGGCUCUUGUACUCCACUGACAUCAUCAUAAAUGUCCACCAAUGCCAGUAUCAAAGAAUGACCACUCAUGAUAAAUGAAUUGUUCCCGGUUGAGCAGGACCAGCUCGGCCGUGUUGUAGCUAGUGCUCAACGUCUGCUUCAGUCUCUUAUGCAAGUUAACGCACACAAGCUGUUUGGGUGCUCAUGGACACUUUAAUCUUACCUUUUCUUCACUAGAACACCUGCUCAAGUGGCUUGAAAGGCUUCACUUUGGAGAUUAGCUGCUUCUUUCUUUUUGACAGACCAUGUGAUGAAACCCAAUGUUGACGAUAAUGUCCCUGACGCUGUGUCCGGUUCUCUGCUCUCAGUAGAAAAUGUAGAGGGGUGAGUGACAUUAGUUUACAAGUUUGACGUGAGCCGAUUAUUUAUGAAACAGAGUUGGAAUGUGUGUGAAUUAUGAGUUUAAUCCAAAACAGAGUGAAGAACAUUUUGAUCCAAAUAGUGAUAUUUUUUAUUCUCAACAGAUUUGUUCCACGCUAUUAGUGUUGACGCGAAUAAGCAAUAAAAAUGGA